GAGCGGUUUCCGGCUAGCCUCUGUCCUGGGCAUUCCCGGCUGUUACGUCGCCCGAACGUGGUGGAGCGAGAAGCCCCGGCGAGGGGCUGGGCGAUGCGGAGCCGCCGCGGGUCUCCGCGCAGGUUAUCCAGCCACCGUCCUGGUAUUUCAGAUUGCUGACGCUGUGAAAGAAGAGGAGCACGAUGGUUUCGAAGCGGGCCUUCAUCUGCAGCUUGGGCUCCAUCUAUUUGUCCCUCCUCUUCGUCUUCUUGCUCAUGGACGUCUACGCCCGGCCGGCCAACAGCUCCGCCUUGAAAGAGAAGGUGGCCGACAGCAAAGACGAGAACGAGAUCCUGCCCCCGGACCACUUGAAUGGGAUCAAGAUGGAGAUGGACGGACAUCUGAACAAGGAGUUCCAUCAGGAAGUCUUCUUGGGGAAGGAGAUGGAGGAGUUUGACGAAGAUUCAGAACCACGGAGAAACAGGAGGAAACUGAUGAUUAUCUUCUCAAAAGUAGACCAGAACCGGGACAAGAAGAUUAGCGCAAAGGAGUUGCAGAGGUGGAUCAUAGAAAAGACAGAGGAGCACUUCCAGGAGGCCGUGGAGGAGAACAAAAUGCACUUCCGGGCGGUGGAUCCAGAUGGAGAUGGUCAUGUGUCCUGGGAUGAAUACAAAAUCAAGUUUCUGGCAAGCAAAGGGUUUAACGAGAAGGAGGUAGCCGAAAAGAUCAAGAACAACGAGGAGCUAAAAAUAGACGAGGAAACACAGGAAGUCCUAGAUAACUUGAAAGACCGCUGGUAUCAAGCCGACAAUCCACCUGCAGACCUCCUGCUGGACGAGGAAGAGUUCCUGUCCUUUCUUCAUCCGGAGCAUAGCAGGGGGAUGCUGAAGUUCAUGGUCAAAGAGAUUGUCCGGGAUCUGGAUCAAGAUGGCAACAAGAAGCUGACACUUUCCGAGUUCAUUUCCUUGCCGGUCGGCACUGUAGAGAACCAGCAAGCUCAGGACAUCGACGACGAUUGGGUGAAAGACCGGAAGAAGGAGUUCGAGGAAGUCAUCGACGCUGAUCAUGACGGCAUCGUCACCAUGGAGGAGCUAGAGGAGUACAUGGACCCCAUGAACGAAUACAACGCCUUGAACGAAGCCAAGCAAAUGAUUGCCGUGGCGGACGAGAACCAAAAUCACCACUUGGAACUGGACGAAAUUUUGAAAUACAGCGAAUAUUUCACUGGCAGCAAGCUGAUGGACUACGCCCGGAACGUCCACGAGGAAUUCUGAGCUCUUGACCCCCGUGGCUCUUGACGCACCUUCUUGCUUUCCAAAAAAAAAACCCGAAAGAGAAUUCCCUUUUGCUGCUAUAUCUGUGUUCUGUGUGUAUACCAUGUGGUGUCCUAGACUCUUAUUUUUGAAAAGGAAGCCGUCCAUGUACGUGUAUGUAUAUAAAUAUAUAUAUAUAUAAAUAUAAACAUAAAAGAACUACAUUUCCCUUACCUUCAAGAAGAGAAGAUGCUCUAAUGCCCACAAGGCAAGAUCCGGACAAGUUCCCGUUCACACCUGCUCGCUGCACAUUUUCCUACCGGCAACUUAAGCUGUUGUCAUUGGAGGCUGUUUUUAAAUACCUUGCUCUUUUGUUUUAUUUCCAAAAGCCACAUGGUAACAUCAGACGACUUACGCCAGGCAGGGGCGGGAAAGGUUGUAUUUGAUUUUUUUUUUCCAUUUACAGCAUGCCAGGAGAAUCAGCGAUGGCUUGGAAAAAGAGUUAUAGCAUUUCCCACAGCCACCUUCCUUUUGGUCUCAUAUAAUUUCCUUUACAAAGAUUGUAAUGGCAGGGACUACCCAGUUAGAAAUACAGGCUGGCUUCAAGAUCUUGCCGCUUCAUUAGUCUUCUUUCUUGCCGUCCUCAGAUCAUUUAGAUCUAAUUUUUAGAUCAGAUCUAAUUUUUCUCCAUUUGUAAUCUUCAUUUUUCUCCACCUUCUUCUUCUAUUGAUGCUUCCUUGUUCUUUUGCCCCAAGCAUAGGGCUACGCAACUUUUUCGCACACCAUGUGGUGCUCUUUCCCAGUUAACUGCAAGCAGCUCAUCCCAAAAGUGUUUUUUUUUAAAGAAUGCGAUGCGCAUAGCUCAAGCCACAUGGCACGCUCAAGAAGAAUGAGUUCUGUGUGGCGUCCAGUUUUGUUUUGCAUUUUCCCAGUCUCACACUAAUGUCAUCGAGCCCCCUGGGUGCUUUGACCACCAAGUUGACUUAAAUAACACAGUGUCAUCCAUACAGAACUGGAUUGGCCGAAAUGGGCUCCAUGCCUUAUGUGUUCUGGUGUUGUCUUUUGGUUCCCUGUUGAUCCUCUUAUGAUAGCUUGUUUGAGAAGUCACCCAAAUGGUUGGAAUUGACCGACAGGGCCUCUUGCACAAGGAAAAGGGUCAUAAAAGGGUCUCUUAAUCCCAUUGCUUUCAGGUUCUGGUUCGAUGCACCUCUUCAGGUUAGCAGAAUCUAGCAUGGCGGCUUCCUGUACUAUACCACUUCAGGCUGCAGAGGUGAGGGAGGGAUGGUUGCACACACCUCGAACUCCUUGUAUCUAGAAGACUAACUCCCCCCCUGACAUUCUAGUUCUCUGUUCAGAGAGGAGGCUUUGGAGGGCGCAUGCAAGCCAGUUUGAAUGUAUUCCUUCUACCUGAAGUGUAUGAUCCAGGCAAAGCUUUUGUCGGGCAUAAUUUGUAUAAAUUUGUUCUUAUUUCAAACGAGUGCUGAUUCAGAUGUAUUGAAAAAUUGUUGGAAGAAUGUUUGGGUUCUGAAAUGUGGACCGCCUUUCCCUCUGUAGUCUGCAGGAUCUUUAACACACACACACCCCACACACAAGCUGUUCCCUUACAUGAGUGUGUCCUUUGUUUGCAGAGGAGCUUUUGUGCGUAUAUGUGUGCAGUUCCUCCCCCCUUCUACGCAUCCUGGUCUGUUCCAGAGAUCUUCAGGGGCUGCUGGUGAAAAGCCGUUCAAUGAAUUCCUUUCUGUUUUCAGGUCAUAGGUUUGGCUUUUGGGCCAGGGUAUAACAUGGAAUCAGCUGUCUGUCUUUAAAAAAAGAACUUCAACAAGACAUGCAGGUAUCCUCCAUCUCUGUAGAACUUUUCAGUGGUGCUUAUUAGUUCACGAACACUACAAAGAGUGGACCAUAACCAGAAUUGCCUUUCUGUCCCUUGUAGACUUCUAGCGUGGUCAAGUAGGAGGCCUGGUGAAGCUUGAACAAUUUCUCCUUAUGUUCCCUCCUGCCCCCCCAGAUCUUUGAAGUAGUCACUGUGGUUGAGAAUUGGGUCAGCUACCAUUGCAGGUCGACCGAAACGAUUUAACUUGCUUUCCCGCUUUCUGCACAGGCCCGUUCUUUGAAAAUUCUGCUUUAAGAUUGAAUUUCUUUUAAUAUAAUGUAAAUAACACAUCAUUGGUGUGUAUGGUU